AUGGAAAGAAAGAGAAAAUUACCUGCGAGGUCGUCCCGUGGAGAGCCUGCAAGCAAAAAACGAACUGCUACGCCUCCAGAUCGAUCAAUUUCUGCGACUCCCCAACCACCUAUUGAAGAGACUCUGCCAAAGAGUAUUGUUGCCGGUAUGCCUUUGCCUACUGUCAAUGAGCCUCAAUCCGAAAAUCUUUCUUCCAAAGAAUUUCAAACAAUUUCCGAAAGCGGAGUUCUUGCGGAAUCACUGCAAAGAUCACGACAGAAAUGGGUCAGCGAAGGUAUAUUUGAGAAGUAUUGGACGAAACCGACGAAGAAGAAGGGUGUGCCUGCAGAACCUUUGAACAAUCCAGGAAAAGAUACUAUGACGAAGCUUGGAACAUGCCAAAUAACUAUUGAGCCUCAUGUAUUUGAUGCUACGAUGUAUGCUAUCAAGGAGCCAAAGUCCGCCUUUCAACCCGCUCAACAACAACAAAUGUAUCGUCCAAUUAUUCAAUAUGGUCCUCCAAAUGGAGUUAUGCCAGCACCUGCUUCCACCCAAGCACCAAGUCCGGUACAACAGAAACCAGUCCAAGCAACACAACCGGCAAUACAAGCAGUGACCCCAAAAAAUACUGCGCCAACUGCUCCCAUGGUUUCUACUCCUCUUUCUACUGCUCAAGCACCACCAAUGAAUAGCACUUUGAUGAAUGGACAAAACCCUACACAAGGCCCAAAGAACCCGAAUACCAAUUUACCUCAUCCAACCAACGCACUACCACCUGCUCAACCAAAUAAAAGUACAGAUCCUGUAAUCCAAAUGUUAGCGGAGAGAGCGGCGACAGAUGCCGGUUUGAAAGCCUUAAUGAGGAUCGUGGCAAAUGGCGAAGCGUCACCUGCUGAGCUUAAAAAGUUUCAAAAUCACAUUGAUGAACUAAAUCAGCUGUUGAAAGCACGUCAGCCUGCCCCACAGCCAUCCUUCAAUAACAAUACACAGACACCACUGCCACCUACCACUCAGAGUGCUGGGCUGCAAAAUACACCAGUCGCCAAACCUGCCUUGCCUCCCACGCCUGCACCCGCUCCCGGGCCACCUCAGCAACCUCAAGCCCUUCGAUCAAAAGGCCCGGUAGCUCCACCCAAGCCGGACAUUUCGGGUGUUGUAUUCGAGUUUAAUGGAGGUAACGGCGAUCGAUACCUUUUCCCGAAGUACAGUAUCCUUGACUAUCUUCCUGGUGGCCAAGUCAUAGCCUCUUUUCUUAUUGUCCGUAAAGGCAGUAGCAGUGAUUCCGGCACGUAUGAUCCUGAGCUCGAUUACUACCAGCCAGUCACGAUUCGGCUUUAUACUCACCAAGGUAAACAACUCGAUUCAUUACAAAAAGUUGUUGCCUCCCCGGACGAGGUCCGAAGAUAUAUGGAUGAUAUCAUGGAUAAUAUGACAAGAGCGGAAUAUGUUCUGUUGGCCAUGCGUUUACCCAGGGAUUCUGAAUCUGAAAAGGAAGAUACACCUACGAACUCUUCAGGCCAGCUAGAAUCUGACACCAAUAACAAUUCUAAUUUACCACUCUGGCAAACUACAAAUGCACCACCACCUCCACCAGUGGCAAAGUUAUCAUCUUCGAAAAAACUUCUUACAGAAGAAGAGAAAUAUCAAUCAUUCAUUACAUCAGUUACUUGA